AGGGCGACUUCAGUCACGGGGCCGCGCGCACACACACGCUGCGCGGCCACGCCACCGGCCGCUCCGCUCGCCCUUUUCUUUUCUUUUCUUUUCUUUUCUUUUAAAACUUUUAUAUUUUCAUCCGUUCAUCCGCACUCCGGUGUGUCGUCCGGCAGGCGACCGAGCACCGGUAUCAAACUACCGAUUUGUUCACCGACUGACCGGACCUGAUUCCUCACCGCAGGGCCCGAAGUUUCCGUCGUGUCCGGACUCCUACUUUAUUAAUGUUUUAAUUAUUUUUCACAUAUUUUACGGACCGGGUGUUUCGUCAUACCGGGAAAUAUCGUGAAAACCCACCAACCGCCGAUCACGGAAUCCCCGUUAUCAAGGAAUUAAGGUGUGGGAGUGAAGUUAAGAUGGCGGGGGCAUCGGUCAAGGUGGCGGUAAGGGUCCGCCCCUUUAACUCCAGAGAGACCAACCGCAACGCUCGCUGUAUCAUCCAGAUGAAGGACAACACUACCUGUAUCUCCAACCCCAAACAACCCAAAGAUGGAGCGAAGAACUUCACGUUUGACUAUUCCUAUUGGUCCCACACUACGGUGGAAGAGCCAGAUUUUGUGUCUCAGGAGCAGGUCUACAAGGACAUCGGGGAAGAGAUGCUGCUGCAUGCCUUCGAAGGAUACAACGUGUGUAUCUUUGCGUAUGGACAGACGGGAGGAGGGAAGAGCUACACUAUGAUGGGCAGACAGGAGCCCGGACAAGAAGGAAUCAUACCUCAGAUGUGUGAAGAUUUAUUCAGACGAACCGGAGAAAAUACCGACCCAGACCUCCAGUACUCUGUAGAGGUGUCCUACAUGGAGAUCUACUGUGAGCGUGUGCGCGACCUGCUCAACCCCUCCAACCCGUACCCCAACCCCAACCCGGACCCCUCGUCCCGGGGCAGCCUGCGGGUCCGGGAGCACCCCAUCCUGGGGCCCUACGUAGAGGACCUCUCCAAGCUGGCCGUCACCUGCUUCUCCGACGUCCAUGAGCUGAUGGACGCCGGCAACCAGGCUAGGACAGUAGCAGCCACCAACAUGAAUGAGACGUCGUCCCGGUCCCACGCAGUGUUCACCAUCGUCUUCACGCAGCGACGAAGAGACCAGAUGACUGGCCUUGACACUGAGAAGGUUAGUAAGAUCAGUCUGGUAGACCUAGCAGGAAGUGAGAGGGCCGACUCCUCUGGGGCGAAGGGCACCAGAUUAAAGGAAGGAGCAAAUAUCAACAAAUCUCUAACCACACUGGGGAAGGUGAUAUCAGCUCUUGCUGAGAUGACGCAGGGGUGUAAGAAGAGGAAAAGUGACUUCAUUCCCUACAGGGACUCAGUCCUUACCUGGCUACUUAAGGAAAACCUGGGAGGUAACUCGCGUACCGCCAUGAUCGCUGCUCUCAGUCCGGCGGACAUCAACUAUGAGGAGACCCUGAGCACCCUGAGGUAUGCCGACCGAGCCAAACAGAUCCGUUGUAACGCGGUCAUCAACGAGGACCCCAAUGCCAAACUGAUCAGAGAGUUGAAGGAGGAGGUGACGCGCCUGAGAGACCUCUUGUUCUCUCAGGGAUUACAUGAGCUGCUGCAACAAACCGCUCUAGAGGUAGCCAAUAGCUGUGCAGCAUCUGUUGAGGGGGGAUCUCCAAUCCCUCCUCUGUCUCUUUCGGCCAAUGGCCUUCCAGCUAGACGUAGCCACGCCUCCUCAGGGGACUCUGACUCUAAAGGAGAUGACCUCUUGGAUAACGAUCACAUGACUGAAGAGGGGGAGGACGGAGACGAGGGGGAGGAGCCUAUCACCCAGACCAUCAGCAAGGAGGAGGCGGCCGAGAGACUACUUGAAACAGAGAAGAUAAUUGCAGAGUUGAAUGAAACUUGGGAGGAGAAGUUGAGGAAAACAGAAUCCAUCAGAUUCGAGAGAGAGACUCUCUUGGCAGAGAUGGGUGUUUCAAUUAAAGAAGAUGGAGGAACUCUAGGAGUCUUUUCACCUAAGGGGACUCCUCACCUGGUCAACCUCAACGAAGACCCACUGAUGUCUGAAUGUCUGCUAUACUACAUCAAAGAGGGAGUCACCAGGGUAGGCCAGCAGGAUGUGGAUAUUAAACUGUCUGGUCAGUGUAUCAAGGAGAUCCACUGUGUGUUCAUCAGCGAGACCAACGACCAGGGAGAGGUGGUGGUGACUCUAGAGCCCCUGGUGGGAGCGGAGACGUACGUUAACGGGAAGCAGAUCACCGACUCCGUCAUCCUCAAGCAAGGUUACCGCAUCGUGAUGGGGAAGAACCACGUGUUCCGGUUCACGCACCCGGAGCAGGCCCGUCUGGAGCGGGAGCGGAGCGCCUCGGCCGAGCAGCAGGAGGAGCCCGGGGACUGGAACUACGCCCAGAGGGAGCUGCUGGAGAAGCAGGGCAUCGACAUCAAGCUGGAGAUGGAGAAGAGGCUGCAGGACAUGGAGAUACAGUACCGCAAAGAGAAGGAGGAGGCUGACCUGCUGCUGGAGCAACAGCGACUGUAUGCAGAUAGUGACAGUGGAGACGACUCGGACAAGCGUUCGUGUGAAGAGACCUGGAGACUGAUCUCCUCCCUGAGGGAGAAACUACCUGCUAACAACGUCCAGUCCAUAGUGAAGAGGUGCGGCCUGCCCAGCAGUGGGAAGAGGAGGGAGCCCCUCAGAGUGUACCAGAUCCCCCAGCGCCGUCGGAUCAGCAAAGACCCCAAGAGAGUCACCAUAGAAGACCUGCGCAUGCAGGCAGUCAAAGAGAUCUGCUACGAGGUGGCGCUGGGAGACUUCCGCCACUCGCGGCAGGAGAUCGAGGCUCUGUCCAUCGUGAAGAUGAAGGAGCUGUGCCGGAUGUACACCAAGAAGGACCCGGGGGAGAGGGACAGCUGGAGGGCCGUGGCCCAGGACGUGUGGGACACGGUGGGCAUCGGGGACGAGAGGAGCUCCCCGGCCGAGGAGACAGGAGAGGGAGGAGGAGGAGGAGGAGGAGAGGGAGAGGGGGGGGGGAGAGGAGGAGUCUACGACCUGAAAGCUCACAUUGACAAACUCACCGACAUCCUCCAGGAGGUGAAGCUGCAGAAUAACCAGAAGGAUGAGGAGAUCAAAUCCCUCAGAGACAGAAUGGUGAAGAUGGAGAGUGUGAUACCUGUGCAGGACGAUGAUCAGAGCGGGGAGGAGGGGGGCGUGUCCUCGGAGGAGAAUGGGGGCGGGACCGAGAGCGAGGCCAGCCCCAGCCCUCAGCCCCAGGUGAGGGUGGGCCGUCUGAUGGACGACGACCCCGCCUUCAGGAGAGGGCGCCUCCGCUGGCUGAAGGUGGAACAGCAGCGCAUCCUCAGCCUGCAGAAGCUGCGCAGCGGCCAGGGUCCCAGCCCGGUGGUGGUCCCGGCGGGGGUUCCAGCGGGGGUCCCGGUGGUCCACCUCCCUGGGACAGGUCGCUUCAUCCCCCCUCAGGAUUGUAAACUCAAGUUCCCCUUCAAGAGUAACCCCGCCCACCGGUUGUCAUGGGGACCGGCCAGCAUGGCCCUGCUGGGGCUGGAGGGGGGGCUGGAGGGCUUCUCCCAGUCCCCGCCCCCGACCUACACGACUCCGCCCCCUCCCCCCCCCCGGAUGCGCUCGCCCAGCCCCCAGCGCGCCUGGCAACAGCGGGGCCAGCCCUUCGGCCAGGGGAACCCGGGGAACCACAAUCACCAUGGCAACAACAACAACAACAACCAGAGGCGUUACCGCCGCAACUCCCUGGACAGCUCUCCGCACGGCAACCAUCACCCCGGCAACGGCCAGCAUCACGGCGGCCAGGGUGGUCACCAGGGCAACCAGGGCGGUCACCAGGGUAACCAGGGCGGGGGGGGGCACCAGGGGCGACAGAGACAGAGGAGGGGGUGUUCCCCGGGCCCCGGGGGGGAGAAGGGGGGAGGAGUCGGGAGGGGAGGCUAUCAGCCCAACCAUCACUACCACCACCCCUACUACAACCCCCAGAAUGCACCAUUCCAGCCAGGCCCCCCCCUCCCAUCCUAUCACAGCCUGCCUCGGCCCAGGGGGGCGGGGCCUGGUGGGGUGGUGCCCGGUAUGAUGGGGCCCACGUGGUUCAAUACCCCCCCCCCCAGGAUGAGACGACAGAACAGCGCCCCGGACCUCAAGACCAGCAACAACCCCAGUAACCACGAUGACCAGUAACCACGACAAGCAGUAACCACAGGUAACCACGACGACCAUCAACCGUGGUUGAUGGUCGUAAACACUAACCCAGGUGACCGGGAACUACAACGACACAGCCAGCUGAACCAAUCACAGCCAAGGAAUCAUCACACUACACCCAGCCGAACCAAUCAGUAACCAGGACAUACCCACUCGGAAUAUACAGUAAUGAUGUAGGAGUUAGCUAUGAAGAAAAGUGCGUGUGUGUGUUGUGUGUGUGUGUGUGCGUGCGUGCGUGUGUGUGUGUGUGUGUGUUGAAAGUAGGCCUACUCAUUGCCUCUACAACACAGGUUAUUUUAAGUGUAUUUUAAUAUUUUGGGAUGGAGGAUUCUAAUUGAAGUAUGAGUGGAAGUAUGCAAACAAAUGUAUACUUUUGACGCUCUCUGAUGCUUUUUUUGAACCUGUGGAAAAGUUUAGUAGGUUUUAAAAAUCAAUGAAUUUGUUCAACAUUUCGCAUUUAUAUUCCUACACCUGCAAAUCAGUUUUUCAAAAUUGCAAUUCCUUCUUUAUUCUUUUUGCAUGUGUACAAUAUUUGUUAUGCAACUACAAAACACUAGACCACACAUUUUUUUUGUCAAACAUAAAGCUUUGUUAUACAGUCAAUUUCAAAGCUUUUCCACAGUUUGGAAAAAGGUUUCUGAUAAACAAAGGUGUUUGGUUUUGUUAGUUUAAGAGUGUGUGGGUCUGAUAAAUAUAUUAGAAUAACACAAAAAACAAACAUAAAACAACUUUAAUAGAAUUUGCUUCUUGAGUGGGACAGAAAUUGGGGAAAGUGUAUGGGCUACGACAGUUGUUUAUGUUUUGAUAUCAGACAUCUUGUUUUCACUUUAUGGGAGUAGUUGUAAUAGCGGUUAGAGGCUUUGGGCUACCAUGUAGCUUACGUGCUAUGCUACACGUAAAAGACAACAGUACACUGGCCCCUUUUGCUAGCCACCGUCACACAUGGAGCUAGCGAGUCGCUAGCCGUGAAAACCAAAACCCAGUGUACUGCUGCCUUGAUUCACCUGCUAUGCUGCAGUCAUGCUAUUUCUAACAUGCUACGCUAUAGCUCGUCUGUCAUGAUUUAGCCCGCCUGUCAUGCUCUAGCUCACCUGUCAUCCUAAGCUAACCUGUUAUGCUAUAGCUAACCUGUUAUGCUAUCGCUAACCUGUUAUGCUACAGCCAGGGCCUUCCCUUAUGAGCUGAGCGUAUGUUAUGCUGUAGUUGAGUGAUUAGGACAAACCAAAGAUGUCUGGCCUCCGGUGCCACCACUAGUGUACAUAAAGAAAAGAGUUGAGAUAUAUAGCUCUGCUAUUAGGUGGACCGUUGGGAAUGCUAGAUGUGUAUAUAACGUGGAUUUGUGUGUAUAUUUGAAGUGAUGACAAUAUAUGAGCAGAAUAUGACCGAUGCUUCCUAUCCUUUCACAUGAUGGGGAGUGAGAGGCUAAAAGACACACGAUGCUGGACUUAUAAAUGACCUACACCAGGCUACUGCAAGGCCUUGUGUGGGCCUAUGUUACCAAGGAGAUAUGGGAGGUUAAAGAACAGAUGUAGGGAUACAUUACCAUAGCAAAGUCCCUGAAGGAUGGACGGUAAGGAAGGAGUGAACGAUAUAAGGACAGAUAUAUAAGGGUCAGAGGACACGAGGAAAGAGAAGGAACAAUUAAGGUGCUGCAGGUUUGAAGCGCUAAGCGCCAAAGCUUUUCUUAUUGGCUGUUGUGUUCCUGUUGCCAAGCAACACUUGCACUCCCAGACCCCCCACUAGGCACACGGAGCAAAGGAUUGUGGGAGUAGGAUUGUUUGACUUUUGGCCUUUACUCAGGAAGAGCCGGGGAAACACUGCCUUUAGCAUUGGAGUUGCGAUGACAUGAAUGAAGAAGAGGAGACUAGGAAGUGGAUUUGAUCGGCUGCCAGAAGCCUGCUGCCAUCUUGAGGGUUGCCGCUGGCACUCGAGGGAAAAUGCUGUUGUUUUUUUUUCUGGUUUGACUUUUGGGAUAGACCUUUUGUGUUUUUCAUCUUGUGCGUUUGAUUAGCCGACGGUUUGUGUGCUUCCUUUAUUGAUUGGCUGAUUUGUCUGCUUCCUGUUUUGAUUGGCUGAUUUGUCUGCUUCCUGUUUUGAUUGGCUGAUGGUUUGUCUGCUGCCUGUUUUCAUUGGCUAAUGGUUUGGGUGCUUCCUGUAUUGUAACCCAGCCUUUCGUAUAUAUUUUACUGUCCUCAAGUCUUUCAAUAUUUUGCAUAUUUUAGUUCUCCUUAAUAUCUGGCUCUCACAGCUGCUGAAGAGGGCUUGUGUGUGUGUGUGUGUGUGUGUGUGUGUGUGUGUGUGUGUGUGUGUGUGUGUGUGUGUGUGUGUGUGUGUGUGUGUGUGUGUGUGUGUGUGUGUGUGUGUUUGAGAGAGAGGGAAAAAAAGUGUAUAUGAAUGCCAUUGUGUAUGCGUGUGUGUGUGUGUGUGUGUGUGUGUGUGUGCGUGUGUAGGUGUGGUUUAAAAGUCUGUGGGUUGGUUUAGAGAAACUUUAUUAACUGUUGUUUAUUUGAUGUUGUGAUGGGGGCGGGGCUAGUACAAGCAGACCGUACUGAUUGGCUUGCCCUGUUCAAUGCCCAUCCCAGCAAGCCGUUACCAUGGAGACACAGUUUGGACUGUGUGGCGGGAGGAAACCAAUCAGGAGAUGAGCUUGCUGUUAAGCCACGCCUCCCCUAGCGGUCCUCUGAUCCAAUUGGCCAGGCUAUCUUUCUGUUUGUUUUCGUUUUUUGAUCCAAACUGUACCCGAAACACUACGGUAAUAAAUAAAACCUUAUAAAACCUC